AUGUCGGGUAGUGAGCAGGAGAAGCUGUUGCUUAUGCAGCAGCAGCUCAUGCAGGCGCAGAAGCAGAUGCUGGCUGACGCUGCUGCUGCGGGUGGAGGAGGAGGUCCGCACGGGCAAGGGUCGCAAGCUGGACAAGCAGCACAGGCUGGUCACCCCGGUAUGGCUCACGUGCAGGCACAGGCUCCACCAGCAGGUGCCCCGGCGGAUGAUGGAUCGUUUGAGGCUCGGCUGGUGGCAGCACAGGCACAGGCACAGGCACAGGCGGUGGAGACUGCUCGUGGACAAGCCCAGGCGCUGUACGAGAACGUGCUGCGCACGGCCAUGGCCGAGGCGCAGGCCGAGUACUCGCACCACCUUGCUUCGGCCAUGCCGACUGAGAUUGCCAAACAGGCGUACGAUGCUAGGGUGGCGGAGGCUCAGAAGGCCGCCACCGAUCAGUCGCAGGCGCUGUAUGGGCAGGUCGCAGGCGCUGCAGAGGCGCAGGCACGGGCACAGGCAGAGGCGCAGGCACGGGCACAGGCAGAGGCGCAGGCACGGGCACAGGCAGAGGCGCAGGCACGGGCGCAGGCAGAGGCACAGGCACGGGCACAGGCAGAGGCGCAGGCACGGGCACAGGCAGAGGCGCAGGCACGGGCGCAGGCAGAAGCGCAGGUACGGGCGCAGGCAGAAGCGCAGGCACGGGCACAUGCAGAGGCGCAGGCACGGGCACAUGCAGAGGCGCAGGCAAGGGCACAAGCUGAACAUGCAGCUGCGCAGGCAGCUGCACAAGUCGAGGCUGCGUACAAAGAGCAGAUGAUGCGGGCGCAGGCCGAUCAGGCAGCGGCGCAAGCGCAGGCACAUGCGCAGUAUCAGGAGCAGCUGGCACAGGCGCAUGCCCACACCCAGGCCGAGGCACAGGCGCGGGCGCAGUAUGAGAAGCAGCUGGAGCAGGCGCAGGCCAACCAAGUCCAGGCCCAGAUGGAGGCGCAGGCGUGGUAUGACGCGCAGAUGCGGGCCGUACAGUCCAAAACCCAGGCACAGCUUGCCGAGCUCGCAGCGUACGCCCAGCACCUGGAGCAGCUGCGCAAGCAGGAGCGUGAAGAGCUCGAGCAGCUGAGGCUCUCGGAGCGGGCGCAGAUGGAGCAGGAGAUGCUCAAGCUCAUCGACGAAAAUCGGCGGAUUUCGUCACUGCCGCCGGCAACCGCCCCGCCGGCGCCAGCGCCGGUAUCGGCCCAUGCACCCUACGCCACCUCGUACCCGGGCGUCGACAUGCCGAGCCCAUAUCCAUCCCACUAUCCGAGUCACAUGCCGUACAGCGAGCCGAACUCGCGGCAGCGGUCCUCGUCGUCCUCGUCGUCAUCCUCGUCGUCCGACAAUCCGGCGCCGGACGCGUUCGAAGACGGUACCCUGUUUGACAUGGGCAACGAGGCGGACUGCCACCCGCCGCUUGCUACCAUCUCAGAGUGGUCCUAUCCACAGCUCCGCGACACGGUCAACAACUGCACCCACGCAUCGGUGCUCGAGGCUGCCAUGAUUGAGCUUGUGGCACGGCAGGCCGACGGCGACGUGCCGGACAACCACGGGACAGCGACAUCGACAGCAUCAGCCACCUCGCCGUUUGCUACCUCGUUCUCUAGCUCGAUGAGCCAGGCGAGCCUCUCGCUGCACGUGCCCGAGGCAGUCAAGUUUCCAGCCUCGCUGCCAAACAAGUGGGUGGCGGCAUCGGUGGUGCUGGAGAUUUCGCCAUCGGGUGUGACGGUCAUCCCCAACUCGUCGUUCCGGUCCAAGACGCCGGUCCACUACCCGAUCAGUUGGAUCGACGCCUACCGGGUGGAGGAGCACAAGGGCAAAGCUGCGUUUGGCAUCUCGAUCCGCAAGGACGGCAAGGCUGAUGAGAAGAUUACCACCUGCUUCUUGGCGGGUUCGCGGGCCGAUGCUGACCGCAUGCGCGAGCUCGUCGGCAUCCACGUCCGAAAUCACCUCGCCAUCGCUUCCAAGCCCAUGCCCGAGUUCUGGGAGGAGUGUGCAACAGACUUUGGCCGGCCGUACUACGCAAAUCACUCGACCCGCGAGACGUCGUGGGUCGACCCGCGACUGCUCGCAGCGUCGGGCGGUGCGGCACCAAGCUCGUCGUCGUUGUCAUCGGCUGCGCCAGCAGCGUCUGCACCUCCGGCAGCGAGCUCGCUGUCGCCACCGUGGGCCACAGUGACACCCUCGGCCCCAGCAUCAGGCGGCGGAGGCUCGUGGUCGUGCUCGGCAUGUACCUUUGCCAACUCGGGCGGCGAAUCGUGUGCCAUGUGCGGCUCGGCGCGCUCAGGCAGGACAGCAACUCCGUCGCCGGCAGCGCCGCGGCAGCCGUCGCCGCGGCCGUCGCCGCGGCCGCCAUCCGUGCCAUCGCAGCCGUCGGGCCCGACCUGGUCGUGCUCGGUCUGCACCUUUGACAACAGCCCCGGCGCGCUCGCGUGCUCGAUGUGCUCGACGCCCAAGGGCACGUCGGCACCAGUUGGCGGCGGAUCGUACAGCAGCGACUCGCAUGGGAACACCGGCGGGCGGCGUCCGGCACCGCAACCUGCAGUGUCUGCAGCCGCGCCGGCGGCGCCGUCUCUCUACCCGUCGCUGCCGCCGGCGUCGAGCGGCGAUGAUGACUUUAUGCGCAGCCGGUAUCCAGGUCUGGCGUAAGGCCGGCCUGCUCGAGGCGGCGGCUCUCGGUGAGGGCGCGGGCCAUGAUGACAAUGGCCUUAAAGUUGUAGCCUUGCUGA